AUGAUUCUAAUUUCAGGAUCCAUCAAUUCACCGUCACACGAUGUGAAACCGCGGCAAAACAUCACGGAUUAUGGUUAUAGUGAUCGAUUUCAACAAUGGGUUGACGUACAAGGAGACGGUGUUUCAAACGAUUAUGCACGUUAUGUUGGACCAUGUAAUGAAUAUCCACAUGUGUGGUUGUCGGUUGCACUAGCUGGUGGAACGGAUCAAUAUACAGCGCCAAAUGUUUACAAAGAAGUCGACGGAAUCGUUACACCAGGCUAG